AGUGGGAGUGCUGCACAGCAUUCCUGUGCUGGUCCUGCUGGAUCCAGUCCAAUCAGAUCUUUGUUUGUGUGCAACACAUCCAUUCUCGCUCUUUCAGUGUCCACGUGGCGCUGGAUGUGAGUAUUGCAUAUUAUGGGAAGGACAAGCAUGCGUUCCAGCAUGUGCACAGGCCUCAGACUCUCGAGUCUCUUGCUCACUUUUAGCUUCGCCCAUGAGCUCGAGGAGAUCGAAAUGGAUGCAGCAGGGACCAGUCGCAUGAUGCGGGCAGAAACGAAAGAGGCUAGCCGCCACCAUGGAGCUGCCAUUGGAAUAUCAGGAAAUGUGGAAACUAUUGAGCUCUUUCGGUCGAAAUCCUCAGAAGAUGCCGACUGCGUAUGGGGCGACUGGGUGGAUUGGAGUGUGUGCCAGUUCACUUGCGGCGGAGGCGAAUCCAUCAGGACUCGCAAAGUGAAGCUGAUGGCGCAAGGGGACGGCAAAGCUUGUGAUGGAAAAACCAAAGAGACAAGAGACUGCACGAAGAACAGCUGCCCGGUUGACUGUGCUUGGGAUGAUUGGUCGAAGUAUAGCUCCUGCAGUGUGACGUGCGGCUUGGGUACAAAGUCUCGGACGCGUGGUUUCCGGCAGGUGGCCGAGUUUGGCGGAGUGCCAUGUGCAGGGAACACCACCCAGAUCAUCGAUUGUAGCCGUGGGGACUGCCCCGUGGACUGCCAGUACGCAGACUGGGACACAUGGGGCGGCUGCUCAAAGUCCUGUGGCAGUGGAACUCGAAAGCGCUUCCGCAGUGUUGCCGCAGAGCCUAGCGCGGAUGGCAAGCGUUGUGCUGAGAUAGGGCCCAACUUUGAAGAGACCAGCUGUGGGCAGAAUAGCUGUCCAGUGGACUGCAUCCUCACGGACUGGGGUCUCUGGGAUUUCUGCGAUGUGACCUGUGGACCUGGCUCCACGAAGCGAACGCGACUAGUCAAGGUGCACUCUGGCUAUGGCGGUCUGCCCUGUGAGACACUUUCGGAGAACAAGACCUGCGACAAUGGGCUUUGUCCGGUAGACUGCGAACUCAGUGACUGGAGUGAGUGGAGUGCCUGCGACCGCUCAUGUAAGACAGAUGCAGAGCCGGGCGAACGCAAGCGCUUUCGAACUGUUGCGGAAGCAGGGAACGAGCUUGGAAAGCCUUGCCCUCCGAACCAGACGUCACAUACACAGACGAGCGCUUGCAGCUUGCACCAAUGCCCAACCGACUGCAAGCUGUCAGAUUGGACCACUUGGUCCGACUGUAGUGUUUCUUGCGGCCGGGGGAUUGCGGAGCGUUUGCGCAACGUCAAGACAGCAGCCACCUUUGGUGGCCGAGAGUGCCAUGCCAACGGUGGCAACUUGACCUACGAGAGGAAGUACUGCAGUGUGGAGACCUGCCCUGUAGACUGCGAGUGGAAUGACUGGCAGGACUGGCGCGGGUGUUCCACUUCCUGCGGACCAGGCACUGGCGUUCGCAUGAGGGACGUGAAAACACCCAUGCUGCACGGCGGAAAGGAUUGCGAGGGUGGCUACUCUCAAGACAGGGAGUGCAAUCUCCGCUUCUGCCCCAUCCACUGUGAGUGGUCAGAAUGGGCGGACUGGACUUCUUGCAGCACGAGCUGUGGCAACGGUACGGAGAGCAAAGCCCGGCGCGUCACGGUGCAAGCCGACUACGGUGGUGUUCCUUGCACGGGGGAAUCAGCGCUAUCCAGAAGUUGUUUUGCCAAGAGCUGUCCGAUUCAUUGUCAGUGGACGGAUUGGAUUGACUGGGGAGAAUGCACCAGCUCUUGCGGUAGUGGCCAGCAGGCCAGGACGCGAGCGAUUGCGGUCCAGCCUCAGUACCAGGGAGACGUCUGCCAGGGCUUUGCCUCGGACACGCGAAGCUGCGAGAACUUGCCAGUUUGCCCGACUGACUGCGAGUGGGACGUUUGGACUGACUGGGAGAGCUGCUCUGCGACCUGCGGCUCUGGGGUGUCACGAAGGACGCGCCAAAGGAAGAAAUACGAGAAGGAUGGUGGCCAUGUAUGUUGGGGCACGGAAGAUGACGAACAGGUUUGUACAAGAGAGGCAUGUCCAGUGGACUGCGUAAUGGGUGAUUGGACAUCUUGGAGCCUUUGCUCCGUUACAUGUGGGCAAGGAUCCCAAAACCGCUUGCGUGGCAUCCGAACGGGACCGGCCAACGGUGGCAAGGACUGCGAUCCGAAGCUCAACGAGACCAAAUCCUGCGAUGUGGGCAUUUGUCCGGUUGACUGCCAGUGGACCACUUGGGAGCCCUGGACCACCUGCAGCCGCAGCUGCAAUGGCGGCAGCUACACCCGGAAGCGCUACGAGAAGGUGGCCUCAGCGCAUGGCGGCAAAGCUUGCGUGGGUGCUGCCGACGAAGACGGAGUGUGUAAUGUGGAAGGCUGCCCCGUCGAUUGCAAGUGGGUGCCAUGGAGCGACUGGGCUGGCUGCUCCGCAUCCUGUGGCAGCGGCACAAGGACUCAGAGUCGAGUGGUGGAGGUAGCGCCACAGUGGGGUGGCUUGGAGUGUGAGACGGACGAGGGCGGCCCAGCAAACGAGAAGUCGGAGGGCUGCAAUGAGCACCCUUGCCCGGUAGACUGCCAGUGGUCCAGUUGGAACAAGUUCUCCUCGUGCUCGAAGUCUUGCGAUGGUGGGACGAUGAGCCGGACCAGGGUGAAGUCUCCGGCAGAGUCCAACGGCGGUCGGCCUUGCACUGGUGAUGGAGAUGAUUCUAGCUUCUGCAACACCCAGGGCUGCCCCAGGGACUGUCAGUGGAGCGAGUGGACCAAGUGGACCGCUUGCUCGAAGAAUUGCGGCGGUGGAAAGAUCAAGAGAUUCCGUGAUGUCUCGGUUCCGAGGAAGAACGGUGGGGAGGCAUGCGAGGGCUCCUCUGAGCAAGAAGCUGACUGCAACAUGAUGGAAUGCCCCGUGCAGUGUGAAUGGGACGAGUGGAGUGACUGGAGUGCCUGCCCAGUGACCUGCGACGGUGGCGUGCGCAUCAAGACGCGCCGCAAGAAGCAGCAGGAGCACAGCGGUGGAGUCCCAUGCGCAGGGAACACCACCGAGAAGGAUUUCUGCAACUCAGAACCCUGUCCGGUGGAUUGCACCUUUGGCUUGUGGGAGCAGUGGGGCGAUUGCUCCACAAGUUGCGGUGUUGGCCAGCGCUUCCGUACCCGAGUGAAGUCUGCGGAGCUGUACGGUGGCAGGCCCUGCGAGGAGGCCAUGAUUCACACUGGCCAGUGUGGUACUGCGAACGAGACGCCUGGUUGCCCCAUGCUCAGCACAGUAUCGACAACAUCCACAAGUACCUCCCUGGAUGGUUGGGGAGAUCGUGAUGGAGCUGGCCCUUUCGACCCAAAUGCGCACGGCAAACAACAUGAAAUCCCGCUUCCAAGUGACCUCAUGAAGAAUUUCAGUGCAGUGAAGGAUCCACAUGACUUUCCCACCACCUCCACCACCAGCGGUUUGCCUUCCAUGCCCUGUGAUGAAGACAAGAUCAAGGCCGCCGCUGAAAAGUCCAGUGCGGCGCUGAAGAAGGGCCUGGAAGAUGUGAUUGCUGAUCUCAAGGCACAGUCCAGUCCUGUGGAGGUUAACACGGCAGCUCCGGCUGCAAAUUUGAAGCGAAAGCAAAGGGCGUCAGACGUCGAGGCGGUUCGAAAUGAGGCGGAGCAGGCCCUGCAAGCUUCCCCCGCUGAGCUUGACAACUACCUCGGGGAGAGAGCCAAGAAACUUCUUGGCAACCAGACGCCGGACCUGGAGCUCAUCAGGAAUUUGUCGGCAGCCGCUGCUGCUGCACCAAUGACGGAGUCCUCCAAAAACUUCACUGUGCCUUUUCUGACCACCAAGGGGCAGGACGAAAAAGCUGUGGAAGCAGAAGUGGGUGGUGACCUGUCUUUGGACGUGAGCGAUGCAGACAAGUUUGUCUCUGUUCCAGCAGUGAAAGUGGCCAUGCAGAAGGCCGUAGCAAAGCUAGCUGGCUUGGAAAGCAGUUCCUUGGUCAAGGUGGACAUCACAAUCCCCAAGGCCAUUCUGCUGGCCACUUGGCGAAGGAAGGCAGCUGGAAAUGUCAAUGUGGCCUACCUGAUCGAGGUUCUGUCGGGCAUGAGCGCAGCCAGCGUGGCUCAGACAAUAUCCAAGCAAGAUAUCAACACGGUGACCGGCGAGAUUCGAUCACAGCUGGAAGCUGUUGGCGCUAGUUUCACGUUGCGAGCCACCAGCUUGAGUGUGACAAUUCUGCCCGUCAAUGAUUUGGAUGGCGAUGCCAAGACCGCCAUGGAGGAGGUAAAGAAAUCUGUAGAUGUGAAGCCGCACAGCAACUCCAUUGAGGAUGCAACUCCAUCUCAGUCCGAUGGCAAGGUGGCAGCACCACCAGACUCCCAAGUCAUUGUGGAGACGCCUCAGCAGGCUGCCCAGGCCACCGUCAGUAUGGCAGCAGAGGACGGCAAGGCUGACGCGCACGCACAAGAGGUGCAGGACGCCUCCAACGGUGCCAUGGGCGCCUCAAGCUCUAACCCGAGCUCUCACACUGCGGAAACGGGGCUUCUCCCGAAGGAUGAUGCCCGCGGUCACUUUGUGAUGGGCCCCCUGAUGCUCCUGCUUGUCUCACUUCUCAGUACAUAGUCAGCAAAGCGCGCAUCCUGCGCAGAAGCGGCAGCAUAGCUGUUAGCAUUCAUGCGGGUAUUUAUCGUCUUUCAUAUGUAAUCCUCGUAGUUUCGAAAUUCGCAGAGGAAAGCCUCAACACCUGCGACAUGUCACAAAGAGAGCGUGCAUUGCUUGCC